CCGGCUCCGCAGGAGGCGCCAUGGCUGAGACCGCUCCCGUCGCUGCGCCCGAUGUCGCCGCCGCUCCUUCGGCUCCGGCCAAGGCAACCCCCGCCAAGAAGCCGAAGAAGGCGGCGGGCGGCUCCAAGGCGCGCAAGCCCGCGGGCCCCAGCGUCACCGAGCUGAUCACCAAGGCCGUGGCCGCCUCCAAGGAGCGCAAGGGGCUCUCCCUCGCCGCGCUCAAGAAGGCGCUGGCUGCUGGUGGAUACGAUGUGGAAAAGAGUAACAGCCGCAUCAAGCUGGGGCUCAAGAGCCUUGUCAACAAGGGCACCCUGGUGCAGACCAAGGGCACCGGCGCCUCCGGCUCCUUCCGCCUCAGCAAGAAGCCCGGCGAGGUGAAGGAGAAGGCGCCCAAGAAGCGGGCGGCCGCGGCCAAGCCCAAGAAGCCCGCGGCCAAGAAGCCCGCCGGCGCCGCCAAGAAGCCGGCGGCGAAGAAGAGCCCCAAGAAAGCCAAGAAGCCGGCGGCUGCUGCCACCAAGAAGGCGGCCAAGAGCCCCAAGAAGGCGACCAAGGCUGCCAAGCCCAAAAAGGCAACGGCAGCGAAGAGUCCGGCGAAGGCGGUGAAGCCCAAAGCUGCCAAGCCCAAAGUGGCCAAGCCGAAAGCGGCUAAAGCAAAGAAGGCGGCGCCCAAGAAGAAGUAA